AUGACACCAGAAGAACGUGCUAAAAAACGUGCUAUGGAAGGUGUAGUAAGAUCAUUAAGAGCAUCAAUAGUAAGACAAGAUUCUAGACAAGUUGGAAAAAUUGCAAUGGAACAAAUGAGACUACGUCAAGAGCGUUGGUCUAAUAAAUUAGCUCAAAAUCCAAAUUUACGCGUUGUUCCUAUUGAUUUUAAACCAUUAUAUCAAUGUUUACAUAUUUAUGAGGAACUUGGAAAAAGAAAUGAAUUCAAAACCAAUUAUGAAGAAGAUAGAAAGGCACAAGCAAAUUUGGUCCUAUCGCAGUCCUUUUCCUUGAAAGCAGGUCGAGAUAAUGGUGGAUUUGAAGCCUUUCUUCAAGAUGUAAUUGGAUUUUUUAUAAUAGAACGUACAAUUGUAUAUUCUACACAAAAUUUCCGAUCUCAAACAGAUGUUGAUAAUUUGUGGAAUACAGUAAUGAUUAAAGUUGUGAAAAUUGUUUCAGAUAGUUUAUGUGAUUGCCAUGAUCCAGAUUUAUUUUUAAGAAUUAAACUUGCUUUAUUUACUUUUAUCCAAACUCUUGAGGAUUAUGAAUAUAAUGUUCUUAGCUUUACUGAUUUGGUUCUUACUGUUUUCCAAAGAUAUUCUGAUUUGCUUAAACAUAAAUUUUCUAAAGAUUUUCAACAAACACUUCUUAUUGAUGAUUAUAUGCCAAUGCAAAUCACUAAUCCGGAAGAAUAUGCUGCUGUAGUUGAUACUUGUUGGUUUAAAGAAGAUCACAGGAUUACAUAUCCGUGUUGUUGUUUGGAUAUCAAAAGUUUUAUUAAUCAAUAUUAUGAAUUUGCUGAAGGUGAUGCAAGACGAUAUAGUUAUGUUGAUGAUAUUGCAAAACAGACAUUAGAUAUUUUAUUAAUAGAACAUCUUAAUCAAGUUUUGUAUGAUAAAUUGCAAAGCACAAAUAUGUCACAGAUUGUUCAAAUUAUUAUUAAUCUUGAAUAUUUAGAAUAUGCUUGUGUAGAGAUUGAAAAGUUAUUGAAAUCCAAAAGAUCAUCCCAUCGAGGAGGAAAAAUUAAAUUGAAUGCAUUAGAACAUUUUCGUGAGACUCGAAAAAAAGCUGAAAAACGUAUUUAUGAGCUUGUGAAUUUCAAGAUUGAUGAUUUUUUAGAAAUAGCCGAUUAUGACUGUUCAACAUUAUAUAAUCUUCCAAUGACAAUUAAAAUAUUCAUAUAUCUGGUUGCAUUAAGUCAUUUAUCAACUUCUUUACGUAAUUUAAUUUUAAGUCCUGAUGUUAAAAGAAUUAAUUCAAAUGCUAUAGCAAAUUUUGAUGUUGAUGUUAAUUUUUUAGAGCAAUUUGCUCAAAGUCUUGAAGAUCCACAAAUAGCUAAUGCAUUCAUAGAAUUAAGACAAAUUGUUACCUUACUUCAAUCUGAAAAUAUAGAAGAAUAUUUAAAUCCUUCUACAAGGAACAAAAAAUAUUCUGGAUUAAAACCAUCUGACGUUAUAAACUUAUUUGAAAAGUGGUUACGUGAUCAACCGUCAUUAUCAAUGACACCAGAAGAACGUGCUAAAAAACGUGCUAUGGAAGGUGUAGUAAGAUCAUUAAGAGCAUCAAUGUAA